AUGGCUUCAGCUAAGAACUUCACACACUACUAUCAAGAGGAUUUAUGCAGGGCGGAAUGGAAGAACGAGGUCAGGGCCAUCCAAGUUUUGAACCCGGGUUUUCGGAGCAAGAGAAAUGGCAUCAUGUUGAGGCAAAGGUUUUCAGUGAAAGCAAAUGGUUAUAGUUUUCAGAGUGUGGACAUGAUGAUCAAUGGCAAAAAAGUGAAUGGGAUUGAUGUGGGUGGUGGUGUUCCAUAUUUGGACACAAGAAGCAGUGGCAACAUGGUAAAGGUAAACAAGGUUAUUGAAGAGCCUGUUCAUGCCUUUCUCCUUGGUAGCUUUGUGGACGACCGGUUUGUCUAUAGACAGACCUUCUGUAUUAGGUCUUACGAAAUCGGACCGGAUAAGACUGCCACCAUGGAAACACUUAUGAAUCUCCUUCAGGAAACAGCCCUGAAUCAUGUUACCAGCUCUGGAGUUGCCGGGAAUGGCUUCGGAACAACCAGGGAGAUGAGCCUCAGGAAACUCAUUUGGGUCGUCACUCGCAUACACAUCCAAGUAGAAAAAUAUAGCUCCUGGGGAGAUGUGGUUGAGAUUGAUACUUGGGUGGAUGCAGCAGGAAAAAAUGGAAUGCGUCGAGACUGGAUAAUCCGGGACACCAACACUCAAAAGAUCAUAACAAAGGCAACAAGUACCUGGGUGAUCAUGAACAGAGAAACAAGAAGGUUGUCUAAGAUCCCGGAUGAAGUGAAGAAAGAGGUCCAACCCUUCUACCUCAACAGAGUUGCCAUCGCGACAGCAGAUGCAGACAACGAAAAAAUUGAGAAACUCAAUGAUGAAACCGCGGAGAGAAUCAGAUCAGGUCUAGCUCCAAGAUGGAGUGACAUGGAUGCAAAUCAGCAUGUAAAUAAUGUGAAGUAUAUUGGAUGGAUUUUAGAGAGUGUGCCAAUAAAUGUGUUAGAACACUACAAUCUUACAAGCAUGACAUUGGAGUACAGGCGUGAAUGUAGACAAUCAAAUAUGCUAGAGUCCUUGACUAGUAUGAAAAAGGGAGUUGCUUCCAAUGAUGUUUCAAAUUAUAGCAGAGCAGAAUUGGGAAGCACACACUUGCUUCGAAUGCAAAGUGAUAAAGCAGAGAUAAUCCGAGCAAGAUCAAUAUGGCAACCCAAACAAAAACACAUUAUGUGAUCUUACCACAUAUGGUCCCUACCAACAAUGUUGUUCAUUUUUAUUUUUGAUUUCUUGUUUAACUUUGGUCUUCAUAUUGGUUUGCAUGUGCUAUAUUUCUGUUUAGAAUUGGAAC